AUGGAGAACAGUAAGGAUUCCGGGUCACAGCCGGUUCUAUUCAUGGGCACCCAAACGGAAAAUUUGGAGUAUAUGUAUAAGCUUGUUCAUGAGCUAUCGAAUCAACUACAGGAAAACAAAAAACUACGCGAUUCCAUACUUGAAGAUAUGGACACACUUGCGAAACGAGCAAACAGAGGAUCCACAGAAAUAUCAGCGGACAUAAAUGUCGCCCAGCAGUUCAUUGACCAGCGUACAAUUGCGAGCAGGCCCGCCAACGGCGGUGGUGGUGGUGGCGGCGAGGACGACAUCGACAUCGACAUCGACAACGCCAAUAAUCCUACCAGCGAGUCGUAUAGUACACUAGAGCACGUGACCAGACAAAACAAACAACUCAAAGAGAUUCUGAGCCGCCAACAGGGACGCAACACAAUUGCGCUUGGCGUCCUGCGCGAACACGACGAAAAUCUUCAGAGAAGCGUCACACUGCUGCGAGACGAAAUACAUAUGUAUCACAUGACCAUAAUAAAGUGGUACAGAGAUCUUGCCAACAAGACUUUAUUCGAGGCGGAAGACGCCCAGUUCAGAAGUUACCUGGACUCCAUAUCGGACUUACAGCAGCUUCUAGACCUCAGUAGAGUCUACAGAGCAUUGUUGCAACUACACCCGUAA